CUCACUCCAAUUAAUUACCCCCAACACCAAAGGCUCUAUUGCCCAUAGUUUACAUUUUUUCAUGUGCCUAAUAACGUAAGAAAUCCUUUACCACCAUCCCCUUGUUCUUCUUCAUCUAAUCCUCUCCUAUCCAAACUCUUCAAUCUUUCACACAAAAAACUUUAUUUAACACCCACAUAUAUAACAUAUAUCACACAUCCUCAUCCCCAUCAAAAUCAGCACCCCCCAUGUCAAUAAAAAGUCAUCAAAGUAAAGCACCAAUGAUCCUCAAUUUGAUCCUUGUGCUUUUUUGUGUCACUGCUCCAAUCAAAGGUGGUGUGGAAUCAAGAAAGCUUGAUGAAACCACAGUACCUACCACAAACGGUGAAGAGAAGUGCAUACCAUGUGGUUACACCUCACCACCACCAACACCAGAAAUAGUGUAUCUAUCGCCACCGCCACCGUCGUCAUCACCACCACCGCCAGUAGUGUACCAAUCACCACCGCCACCGUUACUAAUAUACCCUUCACCACCGCCACCUUCACCAAAGAAACCACCAUCAGGGUAUUGCCCUCCACCACCUCCAUCAUCUUACAUAUACAUAACUGGGCCUCCAGGAAACUUGUAUCCCGUUGAUGAGAAUUUCAGUGGAGCUAGCCACCGGAAUUUCGCCACGUUCUUGCCACUUUUUGCUUGCUUCUUGAGCCUGCUGGCCUUUUGGUGAUUAGCUUGUGAAGAAAAGUAAUUGAAACCAUUCAGGUAUUGAUCAUAAGGUUGUACAAGAAUUUUCAUGGAUUAUGGUUAUAGUUAAGAAUACCAAGAUCUUACAUAAGGUAAGGGGGUAAUUAGUGUUUAACAUGUUCCGUUAUUCCUUGUUAAUUUGUGAUUCCAAUUUGUUGAAUAAUAGAAAUCUUCCUU